AUGGCACUGGGGUUAGGACAUGCGCCCCAGAGGGCCAUAGGGUACGAGGAUGGCAAGAACAUGAGGAAUUUCCUCGACCUUGUGGAGAUACAUUUCGUUGAACGGGGUCUGGAAGCUCGGCAGUGGGGAGAAGAACUAAAACGAUAUCUGACGGGCGACGCCUUGGGUUACUGGUUGUACUUGCGUCGUACGGGAGUACCACUGACAGAUUGGGCACAUCUGAGACAGCAAUUCUGUGCCCGAUUCUGUAACAUAACAAAGGAAAGGAUGAAAGUGAUGAUAGCAGAGAAAAGGGGUAUCGGUAGCACCAGACCUGUUGUACCGACAGGGCCUAACAGCAUUCCAGUCUCCCCAGAUUGGAGCAAGAAAUUGCUUGGUAGAGAGGUGCAGGUGAAUGCCGAGGGUCAGGAGAUGGGCAAGAACCAGCAACCCUUGGCAGUACAGUCUCACGCCGGGACAACGUUGCUAAUUGAGGAAGGGCAUACGCGUAAACGGGACCACAGCAGCGAACUAGACGGCGACGCGGCAGAAGGGGAUUGUCCGCGGGACACGAACAGAGCUACAGUGAUGGCGCGAGCACAGGGCGCAGGAAGGCACCACUCCCCAGGGGACUCUGUGUAG